AUAUCUCUGCAAACCAUGGUCAGAUAGUGACUUUGAGAAUCACAUAGCAUCAUCUAUUCUCUCAUCAGCAACGAUUUUGUCUUCUUUAUUUUUUAGCCAAUUACUAGCCUUUCAAUGAAUGAUGGUGAGGCCUUUCUGGGCUGGGUCUAAUUAUCACUGCCAUCUGUUACUAUAUAUCGAACCCUUAUAUAUUAGCUGUCUGUGUGUAAUCUAAAACCUGGGAUUCUCUAAAUCCUUGUCUGCCUGUCUUACACUUGUUGUUUUUUCGGCAAGGCUGUUUAUUUACUAGGAUUAAAAAAAAAAAAAACAGAAGAUAUUUUUUUCUUUUUUUGUUUGUACUUAUCUGAUGCUUCAAGAAUUCAAACACCAAACACUACACCUCCUCAAAAAGUACCAGAAUAGUUCUUGUUCUUCCUUAUCGUCACAGGCGGCCAUGUUUCCUUCUGAUCAAGAACUCAGUGUUUCUGGUUUAAACCCCAUGCUUCUUCAUUCGGCCAUCGAUGAACAGCCUCAGAAGAUGAAGAAGAAGAGAAACCUCCCUGGGAAUCCUGAUCCGGACGCGGAGGUGAUCGCGUUGUCGCCGAAGACGCUGCUGGCGACGAACCGGUUCGUGUGCGAGAUCUGCAACAAAGGGUUCCAGAGAGAUCAGAACCUGCAGCUUCACCGGCGAGGGCACAACCUGCCGUGGAAGCUGAAGCAAAGGAGCAACAAGGAGAACCGGAAGAGAGUUUACGUUUGCCCGGAGCCCACCUGCGUUCACCACCACCCUUCUAGGGCUCUCGGAGACCUCACCGGAAUCAAGAAACACUUCUGCAGAAAACACGGCGAGAAGAAAUGGAAGUGCGAAAAGUGCUCCAAGUUUUACGCGGUUCAAUCGGAUUGGAAAGCCCACUCUAAAACCUGCGGGACUAGAGAGUACAGAUGUGACUGUGGAACCCUUUUCUCCAGAAAGGAUAGCUUUAUAACGCACAGAGCAUUCUGUGACGCUUUGGCUGAAGAAAGUGCGAGACUUUCUGCAAAUUCUAUAUUACUCAUGCACCCUACUUCCACCGCCUCGCUUACUAAUGGGGCGCCGCCUAAUACUGCUCAAAUGCAACCCAGCUUUCAUCUCAACCCUUCAUCGCUCUUCCCCAACGCGGCGGUGCAGCAGCACCACCAGCCGCCGCAGCGUCACUUUGCCAACCCGCCGUCACCGGUUAUGAGCGGCGGCCAGCAUAUCUCUCUCAGUAGCCCAUGGGACGCGCCGCCGUCUCAAAACCCUAAUCAUCAUCCUCUCCCCAUGAUCAAGACCGAAGAAAGCAUGGGCCUUCCGCCGUAUUUUCAAGAGCCGCCGCCGCCGCCUCUGAUGGCGGCGUCCGGGUCGUCGGCGGUGCUGUCGGCCACGGCACUGCUCCAAAAGGCAGCGAGCAUAGGCGCCACAGUGGGUCACGUGAACUCUAGCAUGGCCCAGCUGGAUAGGGGGGGCACUGUGGGGCACGUGAACAUGAAGAUGGCCCCACAGGACUACUUAGGGUUUGCCACGUGGCAAAAAGGCGACCCUCUGACCAGAGACUUUCUCGGCUUGACAGCAGACCACGAAAGCAGCAGCGCCAGGGACCACGACCACCACCGCCUGUUAUCGUACGCCGCCGCCUCAGGCGGCGGCGGAGGCGGCGUUGACGAGUUGUUCCCCAGCAGCAGCACCAACAACAGUAUGUAUAAUGAGCGUGACAAUUCUCUGUUCAAACAUCAUCAAUUAAGCUUCGGUUUCGCGGCCGCCGAGACAGCCUCGGAAACAUGGGGAAACUGUUGAUUUAUUAUGGGAUAAUGAGGAUUCAUAUUCCCUGGUAGAGUUUCGAGCUAUGGAAAUACAUAAAUUUUCUGUGUUGAUAAAACAUGAACACAGACACAAUUAAGCUAGCACAUGGCAGUUGGAGAUCAGAUGAUCAUCUUCAAGAAAGAGAAAGAGAGAACCAAAUUAAAUCAUGAUCGAGUCAUUUCAAUUUAAUUAAUGUAUUUUGCAAGAAUUCAACUUUUUAGUUAUUUCUUCUUCAUCAAUUCUCCUCUAGCUGGAUUGUAACGUUUCCUUGGGACAUUCUGAGUACUAAGAAAGCUUGGUUUUUUGGAGUUCGUUAACAAUGUUGUCCUUCAAUUUCAUUGGAUAUAAUUCUUGAAGAA